ACAUACGUGUCCUGUGUCUCUACAUUCACAUUACUCUAUCCUCCCUACGGCCUUAGCUCCAGACCAAAUAUGAUACACAAAGAACAAUUAAACAACUAUCAUAGUGGUAUAAAUUCGACACCAAAGAUUAGCUAGACAUCAGUUAAAUUUUGAAUAACAAUUAGACAAGUUACCAGCUCUUCAGAACUAACAAUGAAGUGUUUAAUGAUUUUCUGUGUGAUUUUGGGUGUAAUGGCUGAACCACCUCGCUUCCGAGCGAGGUUCAGGUCUCAAAGACAAGAGUUAGCACCGACAACAACAGAAUCCACAGUAGAAUCGACUACUGCUACUGGCCCGUAUCCACCAUCAGGUUGGAAACCUUCUGGUGCAGCAUUUACUUUACCAAUGGACACUACUGCUACUCCAAUGGAUACUUACGGACCUCCUGAAGCUACUGGUCCAUACCCAGCUUCUGGGUGGAAGCCAGAUGGUCAAGCAUUCACGUUACCACAGGAACUUACUCCGCCAUCAACGAAUUAUGGGGUUCCAGAAAAAACUUAUGGUGCCCCAGAGAACACAUAUGGUGUACCAGAAAAUACUUAUGGGGUACCAACCACGGAUAAUCCUCAAGCAGAAACAUUGGCGGAACCAGUGGAAGUGCAGAAGAGUGUUGGGAUGUACUACAUUCUGUUGCCAAAUGGGCAGUUGCAAAUGGUUGAGUAUGUGUCUGAGAAAGAUCUUCAGAAUUUGAAGAACCUUGUCAGAUUACAGCUGCGCGACCGUGCACCUUUACUUGUGUUUGGGCCUUAAUUAAGCUAUAGUGUCUCAUGUGUUUGUGUGUGUGUUCAAAUACAGAUUUCCACGGUCCUUGUACUGCAGGUUAGGUGAUCAGAUUUAAGUGAUUUGAUCAGCUGUUGAUAAGAUAAUAAACGACUAAAACUCUAUUUUUU